AUGGUCGGCGACACAGGCGAUAACAAAUCAGGACACAUUACUACAACCCCAUCUGAAGGUAUCCUCUUCUUCAACAGCAUCCUCCCACCAAAUCUUAACUCCCUCGUGCGAAUCACAAGCCGAAUCGGACGGAAACCCUCCAAACUCAUCGACAUGACGCAGAACGACAGUUUGGGGGUCAUCAACCCAGCGAGGAUCUUCGAGAAGGCUACACAGGAAGCGAAACUGGGGAAUGCGGACGUGGUGGAGGUUCUCCCGAGAUUCGGGGAGGGUGGCGCGUUCCUCAAGUUCAACCACGAUAAUUCCCACGAUUCCAAGUCGAUCGCAGAUGCCGUGGCCAAGUAUUUGCGAGACCACAAAGCCCGACCCUGGUGGAACCCCUUCACGAGCGUACGCGCAAACCUCGUGCUAGGAAAGCCGUGGGUUGAGGAUCUCUCCCGCAACCCAUCCCGACGGGUCAAAGUCGAAUUCCUCCCCACCGAGCCUGGCGCAGAAGCGGCGGAGCUCAGCCAAGAGCAAUUGUAUAGCUUCUUCCGCCCCUUUGGCAAACUUUCAGAUAUCAUCGCUCAGCCGUCCGACUCCAAAGUCGUGCCGCGAUAUGCGUAUUUGGACUUCUCGCAUUACCGCAAGGCGAUCAUGGCGAAGAAUUGCAUGCACGGGUAUACGGUAUCGCAUGCUGAGGGAGGCGGGAAGAUGGGGACGGUGCUGAGACUGACGUACGAGAAGAAGCAGCGGACGGGGUGGAUCAAGGAUUGGAUGUCGAAGAAUAUCCGGAUUAUGAUCCCGUUGUUCGCGGCGUUAGUGGCGACGAUUACGGUGGCGAUUUUCGAUCCCAUCCGAACGCUUUCCAUCAAGGCGCAUAUUACCAGGGCGUUCCAUCUGGAGGAUAACUUCGUGUUUCGGUGGUUCCGCCAGCAAGGAGAGGAUCUGAUCAACAAGGUCAGAGCAUUUGGAAAGGAAUCUGAUUCGAAUGAUGGGGGCAUGCAGGUUGUGUGGGAGGACCGCCAGCGAGAGAUUGAGCAGAUUCAGUCUUGGUUGAUGGAGUCUGCUGAUACGUUUAUUGUGGUCCAGGGCCCGAGGGGUAGUGGGAAGAGGGAGUUGGUUGUUGAACAUGCGUUGCAGCAUAAGAGGGAGGCUCAUAGGGUUCUCACAAUUGACUGCAAACCGAUGCAAGAAGCUCGCGGAGAUGCUGCUACCAUCGCCUCUGCUGCUGCACAGGUUGGCUACUGGCCUGUCUUCUCCUGGAUGAACAACAUAAGCGGGUUGAUGGACCUCGCAGCGCAAGGUAUGACUGGAUCAAAAGCAGGCUUCUCCGAUACGCUAGACGCUCAGAUUAGCAAGAUCUGGACAAAGACGUCGACGGCAUUGAAGAGCAUCGCAUUGGAAGGCCGCAAGAGCGACGACAAAGACUCCAAGCUGUCCGAUGACGAGUUCCUCGAAGCGCACCCCGAACGACGACCAGUCGUAGUCAUCGACAACUUCCUGCACAAGAACGGCGAGGCCGGCGCUGCUCUCGUCUACGACAAACUAGCAGAAUGGGCCGCCCAACUCACAACCUCCAACAUCGCCCACGUCAUCUUCCUCACAACCGACGUCUCCUUCAGCAAAUCCCUCAGCAAAGCCCUCCCCGACCGCGUCUUCCGCCAAAUCUCCCUAGGAGACUGCUCCCCAGACGUCGCCAAACGCUACGUGAUCAACCACCUCGACUUCGACGCCGAACCGAGCAAAGUCGUCGGCGAAGACGACCAAACCGGCGAAGACGGCAAACCCCUCACCCCCUCCCAAAAACGCGAAGACCUCCGCGAACUCGACCAAGUCAUCGGCUACCUCGGCGGCCGCCUCACGGACCUCGAAUUCUUCGCCCGCCGCAUCAAAGCCGGCGAGACACCCACAAAGGCAGUCCAAGAAAUCAUCGACCAAUCCUCUUCCGAGAUCCUCAAAAUGUACCUCCUCCUCAACAGCGACAACCGCGACUGGACGUCCGCGCAAGCCUGGACUUUAGUCCGCAGCCUCGCGGACAACGAAACCCUGCGCUACAACGAAGUCCUGCUGCAGACGCCCUUCGCCACAAACGGCGACAAGGCCCUGCAAGCCCUCGAGCAGGCCGAGCUCAUCACCGUGCAGUCGUCCAACGGCCGGCCGCACAGCAUCAAGCCGGGCAAACCGGUGUACCUCCCGGCGUUCCAGCAGCUGCGCGAUGAUAAUGUGCUGCGGGCGAAGAUGGAGCUGGGGUUGCUCGGGGAGGCGAUUGCCGGGGAGAAUAAGAGUAUUGAUAAGUAUGAGCAGGAGUUGAAGCUUUUGGGGGAGUUGCCGAAGCAGCCGCGGGAGUUGUUGGCGAGGGUGCAGUGGUUGUUGGGGAAGAUUUCGAGUGGGCAGGGGCGGGUGGAGGAGUUGGAGAGGGAGAGUGCGGUGUUGAAGAAGGUGCUUAGUACGGAGUUUUAG